AUGUGUAUCUCAGUAAAGUAGAUAUUCAGUCUUUCGAUAAAUUCAGCCACCGUCGGUUGUGGUGUAUCUAUCUUGUCUUCUUAAGUUAAUAAACACCGUCCGCGGAUAUGAAUGUUUAAUGUUAUUGUCUCGAUUUUUACCUAAACAAAUAAAAGAUACAGAUACAAAAUCUAUCUUUUGUGAGAUUUUAUUUAAAAUCAUUUCGAUCAAUUUGUGUGUGGUUUUUAAGAUACCUUCAGAAAAAAUGUGAUUUUGAAUUGAAAAAAGAUUAAAUCUCCUCAAAGUGAAUUUUGGGAAAAAAUUUAGAGAAAUCCGUGUUGGAUAUUUUAAUUUUGGAUAAAAAGAAUAUUUUAAAGUGUGUAUUUUUCAAAAUUGAUUCAGGAUUCAAUCUCCAUUACUGGCCUCCAUUCGAUAGCGACACCAUAACAAAAAAAAAACCUCUUAAAGAAAAAUGUCUGCCAAUUUUAAAAGAAAAAACAAAAAGUGAAGUGUUUAUUUAUGUAAAUUAAAAAGAAAAAAAAUCUUUUUAUUUAUUAUUCAACCUUUAUAAAAAAUACAGAAAGUAAAAUUAAAAAAAAAAUAAUCAUUGUGUGUAUACAUUGUGCGUAAAAUAGUAAAUAAAAAUAAAUAAUGUCUACCACGGCGGCAACGACGACGAAGGUAGAUUAAGUGGAAAAAGACCGUGUUUAGAUUUGCAAAACAGUUAAAAGAGAGUGUUACCAAGCAGAAAAUUGAUUUGCAUUUCUUUAUAAUUUUUUUCAUUCGAACCAGAUUUUAAAAAAAUUAAAAAUAUAAAUGAUAUAAAUUUGUGGAAGGAAAUAACUCGUUUGAGCCCUGUUAAAAUAAUAUUUUGAACAGAGCUUAUCAAAACGAGAAAGCAAUAUGACUGUAUCAUAUUCAGGUGAAGUUCCCAAUGGAAGCAGCUUUGGAUGUUUUUGGAAAAUUUUAUGGAAAUGGCGUGGCAGUGUAUACAAAUUAGUGUGGCGUGAAUUGAUUGCUUAUUUAUGUUUAUAUUAUACCAUUAACUUAGUCUAUAGAUUUGUACUUAAUGAUUACCAACAACAAAUAUUUGCCAAAAUCCGAGUUUACUUCGGUGAACAGAGUGAAACCAUCCCAAUGUCCUUUGUGCUCGGAUUCUAUGUAAGUCUGGUGGUGAAGAGAUGGUGGGAGCAAUACAGAUUACUGCCAUGGCCAGACACUCUUGCCCUUUUCAUAAGUGCUGCCAUUCCUAACUCCAAUGGAGGAAAUGAAACAGGACGACUGAUGCGUCGUAAUAUUAUGCGAUACAUGGUCUUGGCUUAUGUCAUCACUCUGCAGCGAAUAUCGUUGCGCGUUAAAAGACGCUUCCCAUCGACACAGCAUCUUGUGGAUGCUGGGCUAAUGCACGAAAGCGAGAUGAAAAUCUUCGAGACGAUGAAUGCUAAAAGUCCCAUGUCCAAGUAUUGGAUGCCUCUGGUGUGGGCGACAAACAUCAUUAAUCGUGCAAGAAAAGACGGUCUGAUCUCAUCCGAUCAUAUUGUUCAGACAAUUCUGGUGGAAUUGUCUGAUAUCCGACGAAGGCUUGGCGGCUUGAUUGGUUACGAUACGGUUUGCGUGCCAUUGGUAUACACACAGGUUGUCACAUUGGUGUUGUAUAUUUAUUUUAUUGCCGCUGUUGUAGGCAAACAAAUGCUUCCAAAUAUGCCAAGUCGAAAUGGAAAAGCCGACACAGACUUGUACUUCCCAUUGUUUACAGUGUUACAAUUCGUGUUUUACGUGGGAUGGCUAAAAGUUGCUGAGGUGCUAAUUAAUCCAUUUGGAGAAGAUGACGAUGAUAUCGAGUUGAAUUGGCUGAUAGACCGACACAUUAAGGCUUCCUACAUGAUUGUCGACGAAAUGCACGAAGAACAUCCUGAGCUACUGCGGGAUCAGUACUGGGAGUGUGUUGUGCCAAAGGACUUGCCUUACACUGUUGCUUCAGAACACUAUCGUCGCAAUGAACCUAAAGGAUCUGCCGAAAAAUAUAAGGUCAAAACUGCUGAUGCUAUGUAUGCCAACAUUAUGCCCACCAAGCGAAAUAUGACUGAUGAUGUUUACGCAGAUUAUGAAAGUGUGGAUACACCAAUGGUUGAACGUCGCAAAAACAACUGGCUCACACGUCAACUCUCACGAAUGGGUUCGAUGAGAAGUCAAUCAACAGCAUAUUCCUCAGGAGGAACUGCCUUCAAUCGGAACCGUUUGAAUUCGGUCUACUCAAGUCCAGAAUCUGGACUUCCUUUGGCCAUAUUGCAGCAGCAACAACAACAUCAGCAACUCCAGUCAAAACCGAGUCUCUAUGAGAAGUUUGUCCAUCGGAAGUCAUUGCGUGUACAAAAGCAAUUAAACAAGCAGAAUUCAAGGCUUAAUGUUAAUGGCCUUAACGUGGCUGUGCCCAAAAACAGACCUCGCAUUCCGACACCAGACGUAACAAAGGAAGGUGUGGAAAAGGAAAACAAACUGAUCUUUCCGACGGGAACCAGUACGUCGGGAGCUAGUGGAGUUGAACUUAUGGCUUCACAUUUGGCUUCGUCACACAAUAUGUAUCCAUAUACUAGCGGACAGGAUGGGCAGGUUCUGGGAACUCUUCUGCUCUCUCCGAUUAAAGAAAUGGAUAGUUGUUCAUCGAACAACACUCUCAUUCCGGGACAUCCAGCAACAGCUGCACUUGCUCAAGCUGUUCUUCCGAAGAAUCUGCAAGAUGUUAAUUUCGGAACUGUGUCUUUGAGUCCUUCAAAUCUGCCGGUGACAACCCUAUCAUUCCCAUUCACUGUCACUACGUCAACUUCUGACUCAAUGCCUUCAGGAACUCUGAAUAUAGUUUCCAUGCCUCAAAUAACCACAUCUAAUUCGAACGAAAUGAUGUCAACGAUACCCUUAGCCCUGACAAUUCCACGUUCGGUUUCGGCUGUUUCAGUAUCGGAAACAGCACAAAAUCCAUCGAAUAACAGAUUCCUCACUGUGAAGAACGAAAAUAAUACACCAAUCUCACGAACGAGUAGUUUUAAUGAUGCCUUCAUAAGAGAUUCCUAUGUACUCGAGCGGAAGCUCUCUCAAAGAUCACUCAAUCAUCAAAUGGAAAAUCGAAAUAAUUCCUCAAAUCCUCAUAUUGCAAUUAAUUCAAAUGAAAUUUCAUCGAGCAAUAAUAAUAGCCUUAUGCCAAAUUCUGUUAAUGAAAAUAAUUCAACAUCAGCACCGACAACAUUGACAAAAGGUGGAACACCAGAAGCUAAAAAUGGAGAAGUUUAUGUUUGAAAUUCUAAUAGACUUCAAAAGCUCGAAAAUCGUGACUUGAUUCGAAUAUUGUAAAUAUCCUUUUAGUUUAGGAGAGACUUUGUAAAUUUUUGAAAAAUGAACUCCCUAUUAAAUUUGCUUGUGUAGAUAUACCGUUCUUAUUUUUCUAAUUUUACAAUAAUUUAAUAAAAAAAAAUUCUUGUGAUAUUUUCAAAAUAUAUGCUGGCAUAAGACAAAACAUGAGUUAGGGUUAUAAUUUUAUGUUAUUUUUGUCCUCGUUAUUGUUAAAUUUUUUUUUAAACUUGAAUCUCGAAAUAUAUUCUAUAUUUUUAGAAAAUAUGCAGAGUUAGCCAUAGUAUUUUUUUUUU